AUGGCAGGACUUCGAGAGGACCCGGCUCUGGAUCCUACCCAUCAGCACCAGCACCCCCAUCUACACCACACCGCGCGAGCUUCGCAUGACGGCAAUGACCAGCCGCGCUACACAACGGGAACCACGAAUGAGCCCAGCAUAAUCCCCAACGCGAGCCCGCAAGAUCAUGGCCAGCUGCACCAGGAUGCGGACAAGAAGGCUGACUACCAUGUGGCGGAUGUCGAGAAGGGCAAUGUCUCGCCUGUCACACCGACGACCUCUCUUGACCAGUCGCCAGAGCAGAGCGGCAAAGGCGCUAGAUUCUACCGCAGGUAUCGCAUAUGGGUCCACCUUGCCUUGUGGAUUGUCGCCACAGGCUGGUGGACUGCUGGCUUAGGCCUCCACCACGAUGACAUGAACUGGGUCAUCCCAUUCCUACUCUGGCUUGCUAUCACCAUACGUCUGGUCACCCUGCAUAUCCCAAUCACGCCAGUCUCCAAGGCGAUGCGUUGGACAUGGAGAAACACAGGUUCCCGCGUCAACAGCGCCAUCCCUGAGAAAUUUCGCCUGCCCUUGGGAGCUGCGGUGACUGUGGCUGUGAUCCUGAUCGGAUCCUUCGUCAGCAAAGAAAACGCAGACAACACUCGUGCGAACAGAGCAAUCAGCCUCUUCGGCCUUGCGGUCCUCAUCUUCGCGCUCUGGCUCACCUCGCGCAAUAGAAAGGCCAUCAACUGGCACACAGUCAUUUCCGGCAUGCUGAUGCAAUACAUUAUCGCACUCUUCGUGCUCCGCACCUCAGUAGGAUACGAUAUCUUCAACUUCAUCUCCAGCCUUGCUCGUUCGCUGCUGAGUUUUGCUAAAGAUGGUGUCGCCUUCUUGACCGACGAUACUGUACCCACCAAAGGCUGGUUCUUCAUCUCGGUGCUGCCGGCCAUCAUUUUCUUCGUCGCCCUCGUGCAAUUGCUAUAUUACUGGGGCACUAUCCAAUGGUACACCCCGCCUACACAGUGCUGGAGACACUCGCUGACUCGUCCACUAGGUUUGUCGGCAAAUUCGCAGUCUUCUUCUUCUGGGCGAUGCGCAUCUCCGGAGCCGAAUCAGUCGUGGCGGCCGCAACUCCUUUCAUCGGUCAGGGGGAAUCAGCCAUGCUGAUCAAGCCGUUCGUGCCACACUUGACCAUGGCCGAGCUGCAUCAAGUCAUGUGCUCUGGAUUCGCAACAAUCGCUGGCUCGGUGCUUGUUGCUUACAUCGGAAUGGGUCUGAAUUCUCAAGCCUUGAUCUCUUCUUGCGUCAUGUCCAUUCCGGCUUCCUUAGCAGUCAGCAAGCUACGAUAUCCUGAAGAAGAAGCGUCUUUGACGUCAGGAAACGUCGUGGUGCCGGAUGAUGAUGAACAUCGGGCAGCUAAUAUGCUGCAUGCUUUUGCCCAGGGUGCCUAUCUAGGAUUGAAGAUUGCAGGUCAGUUGCUACACGAGAGUUUGGAGGAUUGCGAGCUGACUUCCACUUGUAUAGCCAUGAUUCUCUGUACCCUUCUCUGCAUCAUUGCCCUAGUAGGACUCAUCAAUGGUCUUCUCACCUGGUUUGGACGUUACCUGAAUCUUACGGGAGAGUACGAGCUUACCAUCGAGCUUAUUCUGGGAUACGUCUGCUACCCCAUCGCUUUCCUCCUGGGCGUGCCGAGAGGACCAGACUUGUUGAAAGUCGGAAGACUGAUCGGCAUCAAGGUGGUCACGAACGAGUUCGUGGCUUUGUAAGUCUCUUCCUCUUUCCCACCCUUGUAGAGGCCUUCUGUACAGCCUGCUGACGGCAUCUUCCAGCAACUCCCUCACCACAGACCCAUUAUACACCGUCAUGGCUCCCCGCUCGAAGCUCAUUGCGACAUAUGCACUUUGCGGGUUCGGAAAUAUCGGUAGUCUCGGCACGCAGAUUGGUGUUCUAUCUCAGAUUGCCCCUGGACGUUCCGGGGACGUGAGUAGAUUGGCCAUCAGUGCUCUGAUCACGGGAGUUCUGAGUACGCUCAGCAGUGCCAGUAUCGCUGGGCUGGUCAUCCAGGACGAAUCGCAAUUCACCACAUAG